AUGGGAAAAAUCUUUACUGUUAUUAUCUUCUCUUGUUAUCUUCUUCUUCAAACUUCCGACGACGUUAACGCCGCUUGUGAAGGCAGCUUAUUCGCCGUUAACAGCACUUACAGCGACAACCUCAACUCUCUCUUCUCUUCUUUGGCAAGCAACAUCGUCGCUAACGACGGUUUCUACAACACGUCAACAGGAGAAGGCUCCAACAAAGUUUACGGUCUUGCCCUUUGUGGACGAGGCUACGAGAAGCAACCUUGUGUGAAUUGCGUGGAGCAAGCGAUUCAAGAAUCACAACAAAGAUGUCCAAAUCGAAUGACAUCUUUCAGGUGGACCACUAGAGACAGUGACAAUGCUUCUUGCCUUGUACGUUACGCUAACCACUCUGUUUCCGCGAAUCUCCAGCUUUGGCCACCUACUUUGUCAGAUAAUCCUUUAAACAUAGAGCCACCUAAGAGCAUUACGCUUUUUCGACAAGAAUGGGAAGCAUUGGCUAACCUAACUAUGCAGUCUGCCACAUCAGCUCCUGACAACUCCUCGGUUGUGCUCAAGUUCUAUAGUGUCAUUAGAGCAGAGUUCACAGAGUUUUCAAAUGUUUACAUGAUGAUGCAAUGCACUCCUGACAUUUUGUCUAGUGAGUGUAACAAAUGUCUUAGACAGUGUGUGUUGAAUUUUCAAAACAAUAAUUGGGGAAGCCAAGGCGGUGCAGGUCGGCUUCCGAGUUGUUAUUUCCGGUGGGAUCUUUAUGCUAUUCCUGGAUCUUAUGAGAACAUGACAAGGGUUUCUAUGAUUAGCCGUGAUUCAAGUCUUCCCCAAGGAGAUGCUGAGUUAAAUUCAGGAAAGAGAGGUAGAAUUAUAUGUUACAUUAUCUUGAAGAAAAAGAUUCGAUAUGCAACUAUCACAAUAAUUGUGGUUCCCACCGUUAUUAAUGUCUUUGUGUUUGUUUGUCUCAUCAUCAUCUUUGAUCGGAGGAGAAAGUCCUACAUGAAAACAGUCAAUGAGUGUUCUGAUUCUGAUGGGAAAUCUAUGCUGCGGUUUGAUCUUGGUAUGAUAUUAACCGCAACCAAUGACUUUUCGCUUGAAAAUAAGCUUGGUCAAGGUGGAUUUGGAACUGUUUACAAGGGGAUUUUACCAAACGGGCAAGAGAUAGCGGUGAAGAGAUUAAUAAGUGGUUCAGGACAAGGAGAUACAGAGUUCAAGAAUGAGGUCUCACUCUUGACAAGGCUCCAACAUAAGAAUCUGGUUAAACUUCUUGGCUUCUGUAAUGAAGGAGAUGAAGCAAUUCUUGUCUACGAGCUUGUCCCUAAUUCAAGUCUUGAUCACUUUAUCUUUGAUGAAGAGAAGCGUGCACUUCUUAAAUGGGAUGUGCGGUUCAGAAUUAUAGAAGGCAUAGCUCGAGGUCUUGUUUAUCUUCAUGAAGAUUCUCAGUUGAAGAUUAUUCACCGAGACUUGAAGGCGAGUAACAUACUCUUAGAUGCAGAUAUGAACCCUAAAGUUGCUGACUUUGGGACCGCAAGAUCGUUCGACACUGAUGAGACUCGAGCUGAGACAAGAAGAAUAGCUGGAACUCGAGGAUACAUGGCUCCCGAGUAUAUGAAUUUCGGGCAAAUCUCAGCUAAAUCUGACGUUUUCAGCUUCGGUGUUAUGCUUCUAGAGAUAAUAAGUGGUAAAAGAAACAAUAGCUUCGAAGGAGAAGGGCUUGCAGCUUUUACACGGAAGAGAUGGGUUGAAGGAAAACCUGAGCUUGUAAUUGAUCCUUUCCUGAUUGAGAAUCAGAGAAAUGAGAUCAUUAAGUUAAUCCAGAUUGGUCUAUUGUGCGUUCAAGAGAAUGCAGCGGAGAGACCAACCAUGAACUCCGUAAUAGUUUGGCUUGGUAGUGAAACUAUCACCAUUCCUUUACCUAAAGGUCCUGCUUUCACAAGGAAUCAAUCCCAUUCAAAAAAUGGGACAAUGUCAGUGAGCAAUGUCAUCACGGAAUUGAGCUGUCGUUAA